CUCUCGCGGCCUCUCUCUCUCUCUCUCUCUCUCUCUCCCUCUCCUCCUGCUCUGUGCUCUCGCGUUCGGAGAAAGGCUUUUCUUCGCUUUGCUACGUGCAUCUACCCACUACUCAACUCUGUCUCCUUCUCUUCGCUCUAUUUUACCAGUCUCCUCUUAACGUCUUCAAGAAUACCAGGGCAAGCUUCAUUAGGACUCCGGUGCUUGGUAGGUAGCCAUCCCGCUCCUCCCCUCUCCCUCCGUUACUGUGGGCUGCGUCUGGCUUGAUGCAGCGGGUUUACGGCGUCUUUCGACUCUUGCAAUCAUAGCUUCGACUUCUACGGACGCUUCUCCUUCUUUUUUUUAAACGACCGAGAUAUGAUCAGGUUCGGUUAUUGACAUGUUGAAGCCCAGUUAGAUGUGAGAGUUUAUGUCAACAAAGCUUUAUUAUUUGUGAUUUUCUAUGCACUGACUUUCUAUACUCGGCAGCUUGAUUACGUUUGAUUGUAAGUAAUUAACCCUAAAUUCUAUGAAGAUUAAGUCUCACCAGCAAGAUUUCGACAUUUUUUAUGUUCUGUACCAGCUAAAUUACACCGAUGGAGUCUGGAGAACAAGAAAAUAAUGGAAAUCAUGGUGCAGAUCCUUUUGAUGAAGAUUCACUCUCUUCAUGUUUGCCCGAAAUUUAUGAUAUAUUCGAAGAACCAGUUUUAUUUCCUCAUGUAGGAGAGCAGUACCAGGUUGAAAUUCCACCAGUAGGAGAAACAAAAUCAUAUGAUGAUGACGAAAUGCCUGCCAUUAAUAAAUUUGGAAUUGGAUUACCAAUCCCUGUUACUUGGGUUCAGUAUGUAGUUGAUGAUACCAAGAUCAAAUGUGAAAAAGAGGAAGUUUCCGCUUUGAAUAUUGUUCCUGGUAUGGAAGGAUCAGCACAUUUACAUAACGAUAGCAAAUUUCAAGUUGAUUAUAAGUUUAACACUCGUGGAUCUGCUCUUGAAAACCCAAAACUUGCUGGCCAACUUCAUAGAUUUGCAUGCAAAGCUGAAUUUCUCAACACAUCACAACAGGAUGCUCUUGUUGCAUACUCAGCAAAUCAUGUGAUGGGUGAUAAUGAUCAGAAUGACUAUUGUAUAUCUUUGCUGCAGAGAAGGGAAGAUGGGAACUUUUAUCCAUUGCCUGGCUUGCCAACUCAUUCUUGGAGUGAUGCAGAGGAGCAAAGUUUCCUUCUUAGCCUUUAUAUUUUCGGAAAAAAUCUAAUUCAGGUGAAAAAGUUUAUGGAGACUAAAAGAAUGAUAGAUGUAUUAUCAUUCUAUUAUGGAAAGUUUUAUAGGUCCGAUGCAUAUCAUAGAUGGUCAGAGUGUAGAAAAAUAAAAAGCAGGAGAUCAAUACACGGCCAACGAAUAUUUACAGGAUGGAGACAACAAGAACUCUUAUCACGCAUUGUAAAUAGUUCACACAAGGAGCUUCAGGAUACUUUACUUGAGGCUACAAAGUCAUUUAAUGAAGGGAGAUCAACUCUGGAAAAUUUUGUUUUUAAGCUCAAGGCUGCAGUUGGUUUGCAAGUUUUGGUAGAGGCUAUCGGAAUUGGCAAAGGGACACACGACCUUACUGGAGUGGCUUUGGAUCAUGCUAGAGCAAACACAUCCAUUCCUCUUCAUCCUGAGAUACCUGUUGGGAGAGCAUGCUCCUCCCUGUCGUCUGCAGAAAUCAUUAAGUUUCUUACAGGACAUUUCAGGCUAAGCAAGGCUAGGUCAAAUGAUCUGUUCUGGGAGGCUGUUUGGCCCCGUCUGCUCGCAAAGGGGUGGCACUCUGAGCAGCCCAGAAAUCAUGGUUCUCUGGGCUUCAAGAAUUCUCUGGUUUUUCUUGUUCCGAGUGUUAAAAAGUUCUCGAAGAAGAGGCUUGUCAAGGGAACCCAUUUUUUUGACUCCGUAAGUGAUGUCUUGAGCAAAGUGGCAUCCGACCCAAAGCUUCUUGAGUUAGAUGCUGAUGGAACGAAAGGUGGUUGCAGUGUUAAAGAAGAAAAUGGAUGGGCUGUAGAUGCCAAGAUGUACAGAAAUGGUUCCUCCAAUCACCAGCAUCAUUUCUACCUGCACCCAAGACGUCCAAGCUGCAACUUGGAACGCAUGAAGUUUACUGUUGUGGACACCAGUUUGGCUGAAAGAGAAGGAUCCUUCAAGCUGAUGGAAGUAAGGAGUUUACCCUUAGGUGCCAACUCAAGCGUUGACCCAUCUGUUAACUCUCAGGAAUCUAGGAGUGAUAGUUCAUCAGAGACAGAAGAUUCUACUGAUAUUUCUGAUGAUAAAGAUGACUCCAAUUCAGGUUCAGUCACCCAGAAGAGACCUGAAGAUAAUCGAGCAAGUCAGUCUGAUCUGCCCAAAAUCUUAAAACCUUUCCCAAAUGCUGCUUCAACUAAUGGAUAUGCUUCUGGUGAUAAAUGUUUGGUUAGGUUGAAUAAUGAUAAGACAUUGGAAGUAAGGUCAAGGUGUCAGAACGGCCAGAGGGUAAGACCCGGCCAAUCAAAUGAUUCUGCUUCUACAAUUAAACGGAGGAAGCUGGCUGCUUGUAGUAAAGGGACCGAUCGUCGCACUUGUUCCGUCAUCAAAAGAAUUCGACGAGAUCAGCGGCAGAUGAACUCAAAACCUGAUCCAAUCAAAGCUCCUGAUACCUUGCUUUGUGAUGCAAGUCCAUUCCAAAAGAAAACCAACCUCUACCAUAAUUCUGAGAGCAAAGCAGAGAACGACAUUGUUGGCCAGACAAACAUACCGGAGGAUAAUAAGCUGCAAUCCCGAACUUUUUUUGACCUCAACAAUCUUCCAACGGACGCAGAUGUUGCUGAAUCCUCGAGCAACGAACUGAAAGCUGAAGGAUUUUCACAAUCUUCAGCAGGGAAACAGUCGGCUGACUCCAAUGAUGCUCCUGUUGAUGAACAGUCAUCCACUGGGUUCAGAAGGCACAGCACUCGGAAUCGCCCUCCUACUGCAAAGGCAUUGGAAGCCCUCGCGAGCGGGCUUCUUGGCACAAAGCGUUCCGUGAGGCCAUUCAAUUCAACCGGCAGGCCUUCUCGGAAGGCUAGGAAAGCUUAUGAGGAACCAGGUCCUGUGAUAGCAGCAAACCUUGUGGAUGUUGCAUCUAGCACCUUAAGCAUGAGUGUUGCUGAAACAGUUAGCAAGGAUUAUGAUGAAUCUGCAAGUAAGCCUCUUGGUGCACCUUAGCAUAGCAGGUUUUGCUGAGGCUCUUGACAAAGUCAGGCGAGGGAGAGUUGCCGAUCAUUCUUGCAAUAUAAGUGACUGACAAAGUCAAAGUGAGAUAUGAAAACCAGGAAGUUAUUCUCUUUUCAAAGCGGUUAGAACUGCUGUCCUCAUUUUUGGAUGAAGAGAGUUCUGAGGCAAAGUGCUGAGAUCAUUCGAGCUGCAGUCUUUUUUUCUUUUUUUUUCUUUUUUUUUUAAUUUCCAUUAACUGAUUGAGUCAAUUCAGAUAGCGGCUGUUCUUGCUGCGAAGAGCUGUUUGUCUACGACCUCUGUUUAUGACUAGUGGUUGCUCAUCAUGUGAAAUUUCAUAUGAAUGUGUUGCCAAAAGUUGGUGUUAUAUAAAUAAAUAUAAAAAUUUAGA